ACUGUAAGGCAGUGUACAUGACUCUUGAAUUAUCUACGAACCGUUACAUAACACUAUGGUGAACUGUGAUGAGUCCCUGGAAUACCGCAUGCACGAAAUCAUCCACGUGGCAUCCUAGAUCGUGGUUGGUCGAAUGUGAAUGCGACGUUCGUCUGUUUCGCGCUAUUUCUACAGCAUCGUUUGGUAGAGAAGAUUAGAGCCACAUCCAUCGUCUGCAAGCAGAAGACAGCUGAGUGAACUCAUAGGAGAUUGAUUUAGUCUUUUUUUCUGGGUUCCGACUACUAUUGUGUUUAUUGUAUCCCAACUGGCCUGAUGAGCCUGGAUUAAGGGAAACGCGUCGUUGGAAUGAAUAUGACAGAUAUAGUGAGAUAAAGAAACAACUAUGAAAGUCAUAGUUUUACUGUUAGCAGCCGUUUUGAUGGUACUUCUAAUCGACUACACAGAUGGUGAGAAACAUCAGCACGAGGAAGGUAAACACAAACACUGGAACCACAAACAUCAUGGCAAAAAGGAACAUCAUCAUCAUCACAAAUUCAGAGAUAACGAUGUUAAAAGCAAGAAGAGCAAACGUUUUGAAAAAGAAUAUAAAAGUCAAGAAAAAAAUAUUGGAGAGUCCCCAAUAGAACAGAAGAAAAUAGAUGAACAAUUCAACGAGCCUAACUUGGAACCAGUAAAACAACAGGAUCUUGUUAUGGAUACAAAGCAUAAAAAUCUGCGGCAUGGAGCUGGACACCAAGAGAAAGUUCAGUACGAGAAGAAAUAUUGGAAGAACGUGAAAGAAAACGAGACUCCAAAAGACAAUUCAAAAGUGAACGAUGGAAAAGUCACCCUGGCCCAGAAAACCACAGAUGCAACAGCUGAGACAAUAAAAUUGGUAAAAGAGCUAAAGCCUCACAAGGGUAAAGAAGACAAGUUUAUGCUCUAUGAAAAUAGGAUCGAACCAAAGACGGUAUCUCAAGAAGAACAAACAGGAGACUCGGCCAGAGCUGCGAAAGUAGCCACACUGGUAGAUCCUGGUGUAGGUAACAUGGUAUCUCUCACUGAAACCAAGAAUAAUGAAAUAACUCACGAGAUAAAAAAUGAUUUGUGCACAUCUAACGCUGAUUGCAAACCAGGAUUCUGUUGCCAGAGUAAAAAUGGAAAAACAUCUAAAUGUCAAAAGGUUCAAUUAGGCUUAGGUCGGAGAUGUCGUGAAACUUGUAUGUGUGGAGAAAGCCUCGUAUGCCACUUUCAAAAGUCAUCAAAUGAAAAGAAGAGAAAAAAUGACAACAAUCCAAUUGGUGUUUGUAAACGACCGGAAAUAAUUUCUUAUCGUUAAAUACGCGUUUACGUAUUUAAGGCAACUGCGUAUAAUAAUUAUAUUUCUGAAUCCUACCUGCACUUAUUCAUGUAAGUUAAAAAUUUGCACUGCAAUAUAUUUGUUUUAACUUCCGUUAAUUGGACUGAUCCGCAAUGUUGACGCAACCUUUCCUCUCACUGCCCCCCCCCCUCACACACAUAAUCAAACAUCCAAACAUUCGUUUUAUUUUGUUAAUAGGAGGCGAUAAUUUAUCAGAGGAAGUUCUUAGUUGUGGCUAAUUGAAUCGUUAUAUUCGUUCACUAGUUCUAGCAAUAUUAAAUUUGUUCUUAGUUGUGGCUAAUUGAAUGGUUAUAUUCGUUCACAAGUUCUAGCAAUAUUAAAUUUGUUCUUAGUUGUGGCUAAUUGAAUGGUUAUAUUUGUUCACAAGUUCUAGCAAUAUUAAAUUUGUUCUUAGUUGUGGCUAAUUGAAUGGUUAUAUUUGUUCACAAGUUCUAGCAAUAUUAAAUUUGUUCUUAGUUGUGGCUAAUUGAAUGGUUAUAUUUGUUCACAAGUUCUAGCAAUAUUAAAUUUGUUCUUAGUUGUGGCUAAUUGAAUGGUUAUAUUCGUUCACAAGUUCUAGCAAUAUUAAAUUUGUUCUUAGUUGUGGCUAAUUGAAUGGUUAUAUUCGUUCACAAGUUCUAGCAAUAUUAAAUUUGUUCUUAGUUGUGGCUAAUUGAAUGGUUAUAUUCGUUCACUAGUUCUAGUAAUAUUAAAUUUGACGUUAACCUGAUGAAUCACUUUAUAUUUUAAGAUCGAGAUCUAAUUGUAUGAAAAGAGAUGGGAGUCGUUAGUCCUUCCCUUAUUGAUUGUUAUUUCGCAUUAUUUCCAAUAGAAAACGGUUUAAUUUCCUAUGUUAUAAUUUUUUUCAGAGUCUUAUUAUAAAACAGACGUACAGGAAAUUGUUAGAUGUUGUUUAGAUAAUAAUAAUAAUAAUAUUAGUGUUCAUUGCAUUUCUGUUAGAUGCAUGGAAUAUCUUAGUAUAAAACACUGUAUAUUCCAAUUAUCUCGUUCAAUGUACACAUUUCAAAUGGUUGUAUUAUUUACUAUGCUUAAUAUGGAUGUUUAUCUACUUUUUAACCUCAUUUGCCAUAGUGAGUUUUAUUUAAAGACUGUUAAGAGAGAUGAGCAAUACUAUUUCAUGGAACAAGCAUUAAUAUAAAGCAAAAUAUAUAUAAUUACAAUUGGUCUCUUUUUUUGUAGAGGACUUUACAGUGUCCAAAAUAGAACAGUUAUUACGUGAAUCUGUGUGAAAAAUUACAUCUCUAUACUUUUCUGAUUUUUUGUGGCUGUGUUAGACAUUCAAAAAAUACAUGUGCGUUAGGUGUUUCGUAAAAAUUGAAAUUUGAUCAAAGAGGCAGCAGAUGAAGCAUAACACCAAAGGCGUAAACUAACGGACGUGUCUGUUUCUUAUUGAAUGAGUUAACUCAAAGGAAAAUACCUUUGAAGGAUUAGCUCAAAAUUACUCAUAAAGGCCAUAUUAGAAUUAACAAAAAUGUGUUUUGAAAAAAACAAUACUAAUAUUGAAAUAUUGCUAAAUACUCAAAGUAAACCAGUUUUCAUUUCAAGCAAUUUCAGAAAUAGACAUUGCCUUUUGAAACAUAAGUGUGUUAGUAAUUGGAAGAAACUUUUGGGUUUACUGAUACGAAUGAGAAACAACAUGUGACUACCGACAGAUGGCGUUUAGAAAUGUCUUGCUCGCAUCGAUUACACAAGUUACUUUUUCAUUUGCUUUGUCACAUACAAGCCGUAAUGUGAAUUUAUUCUGGUCAAGUGUGAAUGUUAUAAAAGUCUAUCAUAAGCUCAUAUACACUGUUAAUGAUUUAAUAUUGGAAUGUUGGUCUUCUAAUACCUAAUGGAUUUUUAGGAUUUUGAAAAGCCUGUUUUUCUCAGCGCCAUCGACCUAUGGCUAGUAUGUAGAGCAAUAGUGCUUAUUAAAGGACAUAAGUUCAAAAACAGUAAUGUAAAAUAGUGAACCUAAUUUCUUGUCAUGCGGAUACGACAAUAUUUACGUGAAAUAGCUAGUUAUUGAACAUGAUUAUUAAGACGGUUAAUGUUGAUUACGACAUCGUUUUUGUCUGAAGCAUGAUAAUGUUAAUAACUUAACCAAAAAUAUAAAAAGUAAAUUCUUAAACGUAUUAUAUUUUAAACUUACUUUUAACGUAUUUUCUGUUACAAUCAAAGAAAGAACAAUUGUCAGACGUAGCUUAAAUUUACAAUUGACAAAUUAGCUUGUAUCUAAUAUCAAAAUUAUUUGAAUCUUCAUCUUAUACUUUCCUAUCAAAUUGAAAAAGUAGAGGAAUAAGCUAAUAUAAAAAAAAUCGUCAAAACUAAUGAAUGAUAUCGAAUAAAUAAUAUCCAACAUUACAGAUAAAGAGGACUGAACUGUAUAAACGUAGCUGUCGUUACAGCGAGGACAAACUGAGUGAACAUAAUGCAUUACGAACUGAAAACUAAGUGAACAUAGAAAAACUGUACAAUAAUGUGAACGAAAUUCUGCUGUUAGAAACUCCACAGUUGAUAAACAAUAUAUGUUGUUACAAACUGUAUAAUGGAAUAGGCUUUAUGAUAUUUGUAAUAAGUAGCUCUUCUUUAUAAUUUUGUGUUUUACGUUUAUCAGUGCAUAAGAUAAUAUCAAGAAUACAUUGUGCGUAUUGUGUGUGAAAAAAUGUAUAUGUUCAUAUGCGAAAUAAAAACGUAUUAUUUGUGUUGAA